CUUGGAUUCCUGGAUUUUUCCUGGUUACUCAACAUUUUUCAUUUGGGUUCUGGCUCUCGCUCGCUCUAGACGACUGCCCGCUUCCGCCCCCUACUGUAUCGCCUAUCAAAGUUUGCCCAAGGCACUGCGACUGCGACUUCACUACCACCUGCACCCAAUAAUAGUAUGGUAUUGACAACCUGAACUGACAACUGUACUGGUACCGAGUACUUACUGCACAUCACCCACAGGACCAGAAUCGUCUGGUUCGUUCAUCACCACCACUCUCCAAACCAAACAACCAACCUACGGUCGUUUGCUUACGAAUAUUUUAUCGAGGUCGUUGGCGUCCAAUUAACUGUGGCGCGCAGGGCGAUCAGAGCGGAGAAUUUUGGGCCCGAUACGAAAGAAAAGCUCCUCCCCAUUUGUUUCAGAAGCUCAUCAACGAACCACUGGCAGAGUUGCACGCUUGCUGGCAUUGGCGGCCCCGUCAUCGUUAACCCUCUAUCCGUCCACAGCUUGGGCUCCAAGGAACGGACCGGACUCUGGAAAAAGCAGAGCAGAGGAAAGGAAGGUAUCCGAAUAUACCACCCACGAGAAGCGUUCCGCAGUCACCCAGCUAGCUCAUCAUGCGUUGAGGAAUAGAAUUCACCUGCAUGCUAGCUUUGGUUGUUGGAUGCGGUUCCCCCAAGCGCUUCUCGUCGAUGUUGCGACGACGUCUGUGAAUGCCAAUGCUAUGGAAACGUCGAGAUCCCGCCAGAAGGCCACCCAGGAGCAAUACCGCGGCGAUGACCAUGUGCGAAGUGGGAGAAGGAGUCCCAGUCGAGACGACGCGAUGACACAGUCGGUGGAGGUGAAAGAUGCAUGGAAGUGGCAAGCGGGUGGAAGGGAAAGACAUAAGAUCGGACGAAAAAUGGUGGAAGGACGGUCCCCAAUUUCGAACUCAGAAUCAAAUUCUCAACCUCGACACGAAACGGUGCGGUGGCAGCCUGGCAAUAUGGCCUUCUCGAGAUGGGGACAGAGGGGGUAUUUUGGCAGAUUUGCUUCUUUUUUAAUACUGGUCCUCGGUCUCUGGAUCCUGCCAACUGCUGCUAUCGAUAUUCAAUUCGAGAAUUGCCUCUCCGACUCGGUUGAGCAAGACAAGCCAUUACAAUUACAGCUCAUGCCAUUGUUCAUGGACGCCGUCUUCGAUACGAAAAACGAAAAUCAUACCUUGUUCGUGCGGGUUUGGGUAAAUGUUACGGGAUCAGGUCCGGAAAGAAGAAUUGUGCCUCAAGACUUACCACCUUGGGAUAAUGAGUACUGGACGGACCUUAAUGACACAGGCAGAGGAGGCAAAAUUAUAGAUGAACCCAGACCCGAUCUCAGAGCGGCGAACGAGUCCAAGGCGACUACCUUAUUCAACAAAGUCAAUGUGCUUACCUACGAACCCUGGAAUAAUGAUGGAGGGGAAAGGUUCUGUGAUGUGUUGGUAAAUAGUUCCUGUCCUCUGGCACCGAGGCAACGCGCAAAUGGGUAAGCUGGGAAAUCUUUUUUUAGAUUUAUAGGUAUUUUACUAACGUUCAUUCUAGGAGCAUACGAUCCGAAUGGCCAUCUUUUGGCUUCAAUAAUAGCUUCUUCUCCACAUAUGCCUUUACUUCCUUUACUCCCACACUUCUGGUCAAAUAUGGAGAUCCAGAGGCUACAACCAUAGGAUGUAUCUCAGCAGAAAUAACUCCAGAUCUGGGCACAACCCUCACGAAUCUGAUGACGUAUAUGCCUCUAUUAAUCCUCAUACUUGUUGGGUUUGCUACAGCUUUUGCCGGGAUUUUCAGUCCAUGGGGCUCAUCAGACACAUUUCGCUGGACUUCAAAUUAUGGACGUGAUGAGGACUUGCUACGUUUGGUAACUCCCGGCUUUGGGGAUUGCUUGCAAUACAUACAGUUUAUUUCUCUCACUGGAGCACUUACACUCAACUAUCCGGGAUUUUAUCAGCCAGUUGCCAGUCAAGUUGCAUGGUCUACUCUCAUGUUCAACGAGAGCUUUGUUACGAAUGGGCCUCCAACCAUAAGUCUUGUCGAUGGUGUCUAUGUCACUUGGGGGAGAUACGGACUCGAUAAGAUGCGCCAAUUGGUCGGAAUGAGCGCUGUGGAGGAUGUUUGGGCUGGAAUGGCAAUUUGGCUUCUCGUCAUCAUUGCAGCUACUAUCGCCCUCAUCCAAAUUGGAUUCUUCCUUCGAUGGGUCUACCGAGUCAUCAACAAAACGCCAGAAGAGGACCUGAGAGCCAAGAAUAUGCCUUUCACAGUGGGUAAUGUUGUAAGGAUCGUGUUCAACUACUUUUUAUUUCCCAUAAUCACCCUUUCAAUGUUCCAGCUGGUGGAAUUUAACCGGACGGACAACAAGGUCACUAUCGCUCUCGCAGUAGUGAUGUUGGGAGUGAUUUUUGGGUUUGCUGUCUGGCUACUCUACUUCAUCGCAUCUAUUCGACCAAAGUCCUACCUUUUUGACGACCUUCCAACGGUUUUGAGAUAUGGUCCAUUGUACAACACCUAUUCUGACGAAGCAGCUUCUUUUGCCCUUAUUCCCGUUCUCUUGUCAAUACUCAGGGGCGUCGCAAUAGGAGCCUUGCAAGCAUCAGGAAUCGCUCAACUCGUUGUUUUGGCAAUUUGCGAGGUCAUUUUCAUUUUGACCCUCCACGCAUUCCGACCAUUUCAAUCUUCCACCUCCAUGGUUGCGUUUCACACAAUCUUCUCCUCCCUGCGGCUUACCACUGUCAUCUUGAUGCUUGCAUUUGCUCCAUCGCUUGGCAUAACUGCAGGUCCAAAAGGCUGGAUUGGAUACGCGAUUCUUCUCACACAUGCUUCCGUGUUAAUCCUUGGGUUCUUACUGAAUGCUGUCCAGACUAUUGUGGAAGUGGCAGCUCGCAUGACGGGAGCUGGUGGAAAUGCUAGCAAUGCGGCCAGAGGCGGGUUGGUGAGGGUGUUUGGCAUGCGACAAUUAUCGAAACGAAUGCCAAGACGCGACGGAGCUUCGAGACAGAGUCAAUUGUUUCGUACUGCAAUGUUGGAUGCUGAGAAUGAUAGAAAGGCAUAUAUGUUGGAAGGAGGGAGGUUAAGAAGCCAGUCAGCAGGCAGUACUGGUGUGCUUUUGAAUCGACAGAGCACAUUUAUGGACCAAGGAGGAAUAGAGGCAUACGGUGCGAUACCUUCACAUGCUCUCGGUGGUGGAGGGGGUAGCUCAUAUACUCCUACUACCCCAGGGGAAGCAAGCACUUUCUCCUUCCUACCAUCCGCAGCUGUCCCAUCGGGUCUUGGCCGUAACCGAACUACAACACUGGAUACAGCAGAAGCCUCAGAUCCAUAUUAUCGACCUCCCAGAUUUAGGCGGCCGACUUUAGAGUCGCCUGGUGGUGGGUCAGCAAGAACUCGAGGCUCUUGGGCUAGUGGCGAUUGGACAAGCAAACGCUGGAGUCAAGUAGAAACUGGGGCCCAGGAGCCUGCUGAGGAGGGUCCAUCAAUUUCCGGAAGAGUAACACCAGUUGCCCAACCAGCGGCCCUGGACGGCAGCCCUGGACGAUCUAAAGCCGAUUAUACAACACGUGAAGUGGACUUUUAUUAUGGGGUUCGAGGUCCGGCUUUGAAUGCUAAUGUACCUAGUAGGAGGAUCAAGACUGGCCCAGCGGAUCCUACAGGUCCUGCUGCUUCGGCGGCUGGGUGGUUUAAGGGAUUUUUUGGAGGGAAAACGAAGGAAAAAGGCAAAGGCUUUGAGGUGGUCCGAAGUGCUCGGAUGCCACCGAAAAUGAUGAAGCGGCCUGGAGAAGAAUCACCACCCGAAGGCGUUCCAGUUGCGCAGGGCGUGGUACGAAAUGGACCUAUAGAUUCAGAUGAUGAAUCGAUUCGAGAUAGAAAUGCGGAUCGGGGCGAAAAUACGAUCCCUUCUCCGGAAUCGGCUCAUGAGAAUGAGAAUCUCGUCAGUCCUUUAGGAUCUGACAAUGAAGAUUCACAUAACGAGGAUGAGUAUGAGAUGCAUAGACUCUCGGAUAUACCACCUACAUUACCGGGGAUGGAUCUUCCAGGUGGUGGAAUUGAGUUACCUAGCAGGUUUCCGUCAAAAGCUACCACGAGGGCGAGUAAGACGAGUAGGGAAGAGUCAAGAGAGCAAGAUGCCCCGCCUCUGAUUCCUGGCUUGCCCUCUCGAGUCCCCUCCCGCAAACCUAGCGUACCACGAAAAAGCUCGCGGAGGAAAUCCCAGAUAUCAAGCGUAGACCUUGAUAUCCCCGGCGCCCAUCCAUUUUUACAAUCCCAUCGCUCACGAGGAUCACCAGAAGCGUCUCGACUACCCUUUCAACGCUCCCCUUCCCACCACCAACACCAGCAUUCCAUGACCUCGACUAAUUCCAGUAUGGUCACGCCAGAGCCGAGCAGUCGUCAACACUCGCGACAUCACUCCUCCGCACUAGGGAACCUCUCGGCUGAUUUCCUUGAUGAUCGGCCGACGAGUGUGGGGUUUGUGCAUCACCACAGUAUCCAAACCAUCAACCCGUCGCGCGAGAAUCCGGAUUUCCUGGGCGCGGAGGCGGAGGUGGUGGAUGGGAGGACGAAUAGUGGGGCUUCGAGUAUGGAACAUCAGAUUCAGGGGCGGAAUUGAAAAACUGGAAGGAAAGCCUGGAGGCUUUUUUUUUGUUGUUGUUGUCUUUUGAAAACUCCUUUUGAUUUGGGGGUUUUCUUGAUUGUGUCGCUUUGGGGGGGAGGGGGAUUUUGAUAUGAUGAUACAAUAAUAAUAGUCCUUUUUUUUGCGAGCGCAAUUUUGAUACGGACAGCAUAGGAGGGGGCGUUCUUUUGUUGUGUUGUGUUUUUUUUUU